AUGGAAGAUACCAAUCCACAUCCUCCCAAACGACGGCGCUUCUUCGCUGUAUCAUCUCCUUCACCGCCCCCCGAAGCAUCAGAUCCUAUCCUUCCAUCGACACCACUACGAGAACUCCAUGGCUAUGCUGCCAACAUCGAUCCGAGUUCCGAUACCACCCCUUUCGCGGAACAGGAUGAGGAUACUACGCUCGAGGAAUCGCCCGAGGACCAAUUUGGAAUGGGCAUGGAAACUGCUGAGAUCAAGGAUUUGAGCCUCAGGUUUGAUGCUACUAUGCUUGAAACAGUUGUUGGUGAACUCUCCGCAGAUGUCUUGAAGCGAUUGGAUGAUAUCUCUGGCGGGAACAUUGAGAGAGCCAUUAAUAUGUAUCUCGAUGGAUCCUGGAAGGAGGCCAAACCAUCCGAACCCAAGAAACCGGGAAAGCAAUCACCAUUUGAUUCCAUGCUUGGUCAGAACGGGAAACGGAAAUCUUCUGCUGUUACUGGUCAGAGUUCUACGGCCCAAACACCUGUUUCGGACGAAGAAACAGCUCAGCGGCUUGAUCGAAUGCCUUACGAACGGUACAUAGGUUCAUUCGGUGCCGAGGGUUAUGCGGUACGGAGCGGAUCGAAUCUUCUAUCUCAUGGAGAAGAAGUCAUAAUCGGACGGCAACAGCCCCAGCAAGUACAAAAGACAGUUAGAAGGGGUAAGGGAAGGCCAGUGACGGUUGUUUCCCAGGCAGCAUCCAAACGAAAGGAUAUCGUCGUCCGCUUUUCGAACUCUAAAGGCGAAGAGAUAGGCCGUUUACCACAUGAAACGGCGCAGUUUGUUUCUACUCUUCUGGAUCAGAAGAUAUGUAGCUUCAAAGCUAUCUGUGUGUAUGCUCCAGAGCCACUACGGUCAAACGAAACUAUAUUUCUCCAGUUGAAAUGUUACAUGUUGCGACAGACUUUCGCGCCUCGUGCUCUUCGCCUCACAGAAACCAAUCGAUCCACGGGCUUGUUUGAGACGAAGGAAACGGAGGAAGAGAAGGCCUUGAGAUUGCGUCAGACGUCUUUGGUUAAGCUGUUUAACGAGAUCAGGCUCUUCCCUACAAGCGCUGGCCAGGACUCGAAAGCGAAACGCGACGGUUUACUUCAAGUCGCUGAGAUGGCCGAAGAAAAAGAGAAAGAAGAGGCUGCCAAAGGAAACAAUACCCCAGCUAAGGACGAAGAGGAACCGCAAGAAGGAAAGGAGCUUGAGCAAGACCAAUUGGAUCAGCUCUACAAAAAAGCGCAGACCUUCGAUUUCAAUUCACCAGAAGCUGAACCCGCCGAAACAUUCACAAUGGAUUUGCGCAAAUAUCAGAAGCAGGCAUUACACUGGAUGUUGAAUAAGGAACGUGAUAAGAAGAAUGAGGGCCAAGAAGAAUCAAUGCAUCCGCUAUGGGAGGAAUAUACCUGGCCAAUCAAGGACGAAAAUGAUAAAGAGCUUCCAACGGUGGAAAAUCAAGAGAAAUUCUAUGUCAACCCUUAUUCCGGAGACCUGUCCCUAAAGUUCCCUGUGCAAGAACAGAAUUGUCUUGGGGGUAUUCUGGCUGAUGAAAUGGGUCUUGGGAAGACUAUCGAGAUGCUGUCUUUGAUACAUAGCAAUCGCAACGAGCCUGAAGCAGCAUCGGGUACGGAUUCGAAACCGUUUAAUUUACCACGGCUACCCAAGAGUUCCGAUGUUGUAGAGCCUGCACCAUAUACAACUCUAGUUGUAGCACCAAUGAGUUUACUAUCCCAGUGGGCUUCAGAAGCAGAAGCGGCCUCCAAAACUGGCACCCUAAAAACUACCAUUUACUACGGGUCUGACAAGAGCUUGGACCUGAGGGCGCAGUGCUCAGCUGCCAACGCCCACAAUGCUCCCAAUCUUAUUAUCACAAGUUACGGCGUAGUCCUCUCCGAAUUUACACAAAUCGCGAAUACUGCAAGCGGCUCUAGGGCAACAUCAGGUGGUCUUUUCUCCGUCCAAUUCUUCAGAAUCAUCUUGGAUGAAGCACAUAACAUCAAGAAUCGACAAAGCAAAACUGCAAAGGCCUGCUAUGAACUGGAUGCCCUUCAUCGAUGGGUGUUAACUGGCACCCCGAUCGUGAAUCGGCUUGAGGAUUUGUUCUCGCUGGUUAGGUUCUUAAGAGUUGAGCCCUGGAGCAAUUUCGCUUAUUGGAGGACGUUCAUCACGGUCCCCUUUGAGUCUAAAGAUUUCCUGCGUGCCCUUGAUGUGGUGCAAACUGUUCUAGAGCCGUUGGUAAUGCGGCGCACGAAGGAUAUGAGGCAGCCGGAUGGGACCCCGUUGGUUUACUUACCUCCAAAAACGAUUUUGAUCGAAGAGAUCGAGUUAUCUAAGGCCGAGCGAGCUGUGUAUGAUUUCGUGUAUAACUUUGUUAAGCGCUCAUUCGCUGACAAUAUGGAAGCCGGAUCUGUAAUGAAAUCCUACACUACAAUCUUUGCGCAAAUUCUUCGCUUGAGGCAGUCUUGCUGCCACCCAACUUUGGUCCGGAAGAAAGAGGUUGUAGCCGACGAGGUCGAAGCUGAAGCAGCCGAAGCGGAAGCCAAGGGUCUGACAGACAACAUGGACCUUCAGGCCCUGAUUGAUAAGUUUACUUCUCAAGAGAACGACGGUGCUGAGGUUAAUAACUAUGGCGCUCACGUGCUUCAGCAAAUUAAGGAAGAAGCACAGAACGAGUGCCCUAUCUGCUCUGAUGAGGAGAUCCAAGAGAUGACCGUCACAGCAUGUUACCAUAUGGCAUGUAAAAAAUGUUUGUUGGAGGUCAUUGAUCACGCAAAAAGAAAUGGUAAUCAACCGAGGUGCUUUAAUUGUCGGGAACCGAUCAAUGAGAAGGAACUUUAUGAGGUUAUAAAGCAUGACCCCGAUGUGGCUAUUGGUGGGUUAAGUGGGUUUAGAGAAAACGUGCCGGAGUUUUCGUUACGACGGAUAGCUGCGAAUAAGUCGUCAGCGAAGAUUGAUGCAUUGAUUACGAACCUGAAGAGAUUGAGGAGGGAAUCUCCUGGGAUGAAGAGUGUGGUAUUCUCGCAGUUUACCAGUUUUAUAAACUUGAUUGAACCGGCACUUACGAGGGAGAGAAUACAGUUUGUUAGAUUUGAUGGGGGGAUGUCACAGCAGCAGAGGUCUGUGGUUUUGAGUAAAUUCAAGGCUCAUACCGGAGGGUUGGUCCUGUUGAUCUCUUUGAAGGCUGGAGGGGUGGGGUUGAAUUUGACGGAGGCUAAGAGGGUGUUUAUGAUGGAUCCUUGGUGGUCGUUUGCGGUUGAGGCUCAGGCGAUUGAUCGGAUUCAUCGGAUGGGGCAGACGGAUGAGGUUAUUGUGCAUCGGUUUAUUGUGAAGGGGUCAGUGGAGGAGCGAAUGGUACAUAAGAUCCAAGAGAGGAAGAAGUUUAUUGCAUCUUCACUUGGAAUGAUGAGCGCUGAAGAGAAACGAGCGCAGCGAAUUGAAGAUAUUAAGGAUCUUCUGAGCUAG